AUGCCCACCGUCCUCCAGACAGCUGGCGACAUGGUCGACAACCUCGGAAACAAGAUCCAUUACACCACGCGAAGGGUCGGUGACCAGAUCGAAACCACCACCAACCAAGUCCUGCCACCCAAGCAGCGCGAGCACAUGCUUGAGAGGGCCCGGGACUAUGCCCAUCAGAACCCCAAAGUAGCCGCCUUCCUGACCACCCAAACCGCAUUGACCGGUCUUCCGCUAGCCCUCUUCAUCGCCUUCGCAACAACAACCCUCCUCGUCUCCCUAUCAACCUGCCUCUUCCUCGGCCUCCUCGUCUCAAUCGCCAUCACCUUCUUCCUCGUCGGCUUCGCACUCCUCUUCGUCGUCCCCACCGUCAUCAUCGCCAGCUGCUCAGCGACCUUCAUCUUCAUCUGGGGCUUCGUGGGCUACAUCAUCCUACGCAGGUUCAAUGAGGGUGAGGAGCUUCAGCGUGGCACACCCGUUGGCGAUAAGUUGUACAAGUUAACAGGCGGUAGAUCGGGAUAUCUACAAAGCGAUCAGACAUCUUCGGAGAGCAGCAGUGACCGAAGGAGGCUGGGUGGUGGAGAUGCUGCGAACGGCUCUAAUGGCGGUGCUGGGCACGCACAUGGUGGUGUAUCGUCGCACAAGGGCGAUGGCGGGCCUGUGAAUGGCGUGAAUGGUACCCAGGGCGCUGUGGAGUGGGAGAGGAAGUGGGCGGAUGGCGUGCAGCCCAAGCCUGUGGUCCUGGAGACCGAAAAUGUCUUCGAGGUCCUCAAAGCGGUGAGUAAACACCUGGUCGUUGAGAUGGUACAUUGCUAA